CAGACCUUGGAUCCACUUCAAUAGUUUGGUGGGACAUUUGUUACUUUCAGCCAUGGCCAACUCCUGCCUGCAGAUAGUUGGCUUCGUGUGCAGCUGCCUGGGCUGGGUGGGCAUAGUUGUAGCUAGUGCCACCAAUGACUGGGUGGUCCUCUGCAAGUACAGCAUGAACACCUGCAUGAAGAUGGACGAUCUGGGGACCAAAGGACCUUGGGCUGAAUGUCUCAUCUCCACUAAACUUUACCACUGCAACACCUACACGCAACUCCUGGACCUGCCUGCGUACAUCCAGGCGACUCGAGCGCUGAUGGUUGCAGGUUCAAUUCUGGGUCUGCCGGCUGUGGUCACCAUCCUCAUGUCCCUGCCUUGCAUCGUCAUCACUAACGAGCCUCAAAGAUCCAAGAACAAACGAGCCGUCGUGGGCGGAGUCCUCGUACUUCUUGUUGCGCUCUGCGGGCUGGUGUCCACCAUUUUGUUCCCCAUCGGGGUGUCCUGGCACGACAACCUGAUGGCGUUCGGCUUCUCGCUUUACGCCGGCUGGGCGGGCGUGGUCUUGUCGCUGCUGGGCGGCUGCAUGCUCACCUGCUGCUCCUCUAGCUCCGCCUCCUCCCGCCCGUACCAGGACAACGCUCACUACUACUACUCCAAGUCGGGCAAGGCGGCCGCCCACCCCGACCCCGCCUCCUCCGCCAACCACGCCAAGAGCGCCCACGUCUGAUGAUGUCAUACGCACACUUGCAGCAAACUGACUUUUGAUGUUUUUUGGAGGGGGGCGUGGCCUGUGGACUGUUUUGCUCAUCGACUCCCUCAUUUUUAUUGGAUUAAUAAUCUUUGUUGUUUUAACUGGAAAUGGCGUAAAUGCUAGAAUAUCAACAAUUUAAGUUCUGUAAUUAUUCGCUUAAUAGUCACCCCAAACCCCAACAUGCAAAAAUAUACAAUCAACACGCCCCCUGGUGGCGGUGAGUCGCUAUGCAAUAUUGAAUACUACAAUAUGCUUCUUGUGGAGGAAUUGCGUGUAUAUGCACUUAUCGGCGGCAUGCUAACGUUAGCAUGCCGACAGUUAGAAUGGACAAAUAGCAAGUUAUUUAACUCUGGGCGUACGCAUGCAAAAUUUUUCACCGAAAAAAAUUUCCCAAAAAAGUUAGCAUGCUAAAGUUAGCAUGCUAACAUUAGCACGCUGACAGCCUGUGUCAAAUAUCACAUGACAUGGCUGAGGUGUAAGAUGGCAAAAUUAAAAAAAAAAAAAAAAAAAAAAAAAAAAAAAAGCUAGCAUGCUAAUGUUAGCAUGCUAAUAGCAUGUGGCAAAUAUCAGGUUACAUGACUGAGGUGUAUGACAGCAAAAUUGCCAAAAAAUAAUUAGCAUAAGUUUUUCGACCCUGAGGUGUCCGCCAGCAAAAUCGGCAAAAAAGUUUGCAUGCAAAGGCGUUUAGCAGAUGUUAGCAUAUGUCACGUACCGAGUUAUUCGGCUAAGAGGUAUCCAUUGGCAAAAUUUUGCUAAAAGUUAGCAUGCUAACCGGUAGUAUAUGUAACAUACCGAGUUAUUUGACUCAGAGGAGUCUGGUGGCAAAAUUGGCUGACAAGUUAGCAUGCAAAGGCAUUAGCAUGCUAACUGUUAGUAUAUGUAACAUACCAAGUUAUUUGACUCAGAAGUGUCUGGCGGCAAAAUUGGCUAAAAGUUAGCAUGCAAAGGCGUUAGCAUGCUAAUCGUUAGCAUAUGUCACGUACCAAGUUAUUCGACUCAGAGGUGUCUGGCGGCAAAAUUGGCUAAAAGUUAGCAUGCAAAGGCGUUUAGCAGAUGUUAGCAUAUGUCACUUACCAAGUUAUUCGACUCAGCUGUGUCCGGCGGCAAAAUUGGCAAAAAAAAAAUAGCCUGUGUCACGUACCGAGUUAUUCAGCUAAGAGGUGUCCAUUAGCAAAAUUUAGCUAAAAGUUAGCAUGCCAACCGGUAGUAUAUGUCACAUACCAAGUUAUUCGACUCAGAGGUGUCUGGCGGAAAAAAUGGCUAAAAGUUAGCAUGCAAAGGCGUUAGCAUGCUAACCGUUAACAUAUGUCACGUACCAAGUUAUUCAACUCAGAGGUGUCUGGCAGCAAAAUUUGCUAAAAGUUAGCAUGCAAAGGCAUUAGCAUGCUAACUGUUAGUAUAUGUCACAUACCGAGUUAUUCGACUCAGAUGUGUCUGACGGCAAAAUUAGCAAAACAAAAUUAGCAUAUGUCACGUACCAAGUUAUUCGACUCAGAGGUGUCUGGUGGCAAAAUUGGCUAAAAGUUAGCAUGCAAAGGCAUUAACAUACUAGCCUUUAGCAUAUGUCACAUACGGAGUUAUUCGACUUAGAGGUGUCCAGUGGCAAAAUCUGCUAAUAGUUAGCAUGGAAAGCCGUUAGCAUGCUAACCGUUAGCAUAUGUCACGUACCAAGUUAUUCAACUCAGAGGUGUCCGGCAGCAAAAUUGGCUAAAAGUUAGCAUGCAAAGGCAUUAGCAUGCUAACUGUUAGUAUAUGUCACAUACCGAAUUAUUUGACUCAGAGGUGUCUGGCGGCAAAAUUGGCAAAACAAAAUUAGCAUUUGUCACGUACCAAGUUAUUCAACUCAGAGGUGUCCGGAGGCAAAAUUGGCUAGCAAGUUAGCAUGCAAAGGCGUUAGCAUGCUAGCCUUUAGCAUAUGUCACAUACGGAGUUAUUCGACUUAGAGGUGUCCAGUGGCAAAAUCUGCUAAUAGUUAGCAUGGAAAGCCGUUAGCAUGCUAACCGUUAGCAUAUGUCACGUACCAAGUUAUUCAACUCAGAGGUGUCCGGCAGCAAAAUUGGCUAAAAGUUAGCAUGCAAAGGCAUUAGCAUGCUAACUGUUAGUAUAUGUCACAUACCGAGUUAUUUGACUCAGAGGUGUCUGAUGGCAAAAUUGGCUAAACAAAAUUAGCAUUUGUCACGUACCAAGUUAUUCGACUCAGAGGUGUCUGGUGGCAAAAUUGGCUAAAAGUUAGCAUGCAAAGGCAUUAACAUGCUAACCUUUAGCCUGUGUCACAUACGGAGUUAUUUGACUCAGAGGUGUCUGAUGGCAAAAUUGGCUAAACAAAAUUAGCAUUUGUCACGUACCAAGUUAUUCAACUCAGAGGUGUCCGGCGGCAAAAUUGGCUAAAAGUUAGCAUGCAAAGGCAUUAACAUGCUAACCUUUAGCCUGUGUCACAUACGGAGUUAUUCGACUCAGAGGUGUCUAACGGCAAAAUUGGCCAAACAAAAUUAGUAUAUGUCACGUACCAAGUUAUUCAGCUAAGAGGUGUCCGGUGGCAAAAUUGGCUAAAAGUUAACAUGCAAAGCCGUUAGCUUGCUAACCGUUAGCACAUGUCACGUACCAAGUUAUUCGACUCAGAGGUGUCCGGCGGCAAAAUUGGCAAAACACAAUUAGCAUUUGUCACGUACCGAGUUAUUCGACUCAGAGGUGUCCAGUAGCAAAAUUGGCUAAAAGGUUAAGAUGCAAAGGCGUUAGCAUGCUAACCGUUAGCUUGUGUCACAUACAGAGUUCUUCAACUCAGGUCAGGGUUAGGCAGUUGUGGACAAAGGGGUGUACCUCACCCCAUCCUUUCUUGUGAAAGACUGAGCGUUUUUUGGGAACAAUUAGCCUGCACACCUGUGGGAUGUUCCAAAUAAGUGUUUGAUGAGCAUUCCUCAACUUUAUCAGUAUUUAUUGCCACCUUUCCCAACUUCUUUGUCACAUGUUGCUGGCAUCAAACUGUAAUCAUUGUAUUCUGUUUAUAUUGACAUCGAACACACUUGCCCAACUCACAUGGAAACGGGGUUUGUGCUUACCACCAAAACAUUGCGCAAUAACAUGAAUAUGACAAUUAGUUUUGGUGCGUAAUGAUAACACUUUUAGUCUAUUUGAGGUUUUAUUCUGCUGAAAUAAUAUGUAUAUAAUUAUCUUACAGUUAUAAAUAUACAAAUAGUAAUUAAUUAAAUAAUACAUUAUAAUUAUAUAUUUUUUAAAUUGUGAAUAUUGCUGAAAUAAUCAUUGUAAUAAUUUGAUGAUUGUUAUUAUAAAAUUAUAGUUAUUUAAAUAAUACAUUAUAAUUAUUUAAAUUAUAAUUAUAUAAAUAAAAUAUUAUAAUUAUUUGCUGAAAGAAUACAUUAUAAUAAUAACAAUAAUAAUAAUAAUAAUAAUAAUCCAUCUUCUUCCACUUAUCUGAGGUCGGGUCACGGGGGCUGCAGCCUAAGCAGGGAAGCCCAGACUUCCGUCUCCCCAUUAUAAUAAUAUAUAUUUUUGAUAAUUAAUAACUAAUCAUUAAACUAUAAUGAAUAAUAAUGAUUAAUAAUAAACAAUACUACUUAAUUUUUGGAGCAAUUUGUAAAAAUCACAAAACAAUGUGUUUGGGUAUUUUUGGACAAGCUGCAUCAUUUUGUUGAUGCCCCAAGAUGUCUUCGCUCUCUAAACAUUUUUAAAAAGCUGCAGAUUUUUCUUCUGGAAUGUAAUUAUAUAUAUAUAAAAAAUAAAUAAAAAAAUUAAAAAAUUAAAUAAAAAAAAAUAUAUAUAUAUAUAUAUAAUAAAGCUUUUUCUCUUGUGCUAUAAACUGUGGUAUUUAUGAGCAUUGAUGAUGCAUAAAGUGCAGGAAAUUGUGGAAAUUCAUAUUUCGUCCCACUUUGCUCCAAAAACCACAUCAGAAUUUCCAGACUUUGUCGGCUAUUUAUUCUUAUUUGAUGUGUUUUUCUUUGGAUUUUUCUACAAUAAAGAAGUCUUUUAAUGAA